AUGGCAACAGCACAGGCCCCUCAUGUGACCUGUGACCCUGGCAACUGCCUCCUUGACUCUUCCCUAGCCUCUGCGCCUGGGAGCUACGGCUGCGGCAUGGGCAGCGUGGGCAGCCUGGUGGAGAAGCAGGACUUGACGCCUGUGGAGCUGCGGGCGGUGCUGGGGGGCUCGCGGGGGCUCCGGCAGCCGGACGGCCUGCUCCGGAAGGGCCCGAGCCAGCGGGAGCUCUUCAGCUACCUGCACAGUGCCAGGAAGGAGCCCCGGGCCGAGAGGAAGCACCAGGCGCUGGGGGUGUCCUGCAACCGGGACUACGAGAGCGACCGUGAGAACCGGUCCCCUGACCGCUACUCCCGCGAGCACCACCGGGGGGCAGACUUCUCCAAGAGCUCGCUGCCGGAGCGGGGCCGCUUUGACAAGUGUCGGAUCAGGCCAUCGGCCUUCAAGGCAGUGGCUGGGAAAGGCCUGGUCUCCAUGCAGGGUCUGGCCUCAUCUAAAGGGCAGAAGCUGUCGAAGAGCAACGGGAGCCUGCACACCCUCCUGUCCCAGAGCAGCACCAGCACCGGUGCCUCCUCCCAGCAUGGCCACACGCGCACCCACCUGCUGCACACCAUCAGCUUAGACGAGGCCUCCGAUUCCAGCCACAACUCCAUCCAGAGCUUCCCCAUCUACCCUCCCCACUUCAAACCUGCCCAGGGCCAGUUCAGCGCCUCCAUGGGCCACAUCAACCACAUUGGGGGCUCCCUUGACAGGGCCUCCUGGGGCCCCAGAGACCCCCUGGCAGUGGAGAAAGCACCUCUGUCCUGCAAGAGCAUGGCCACGCUAAGCCGUCUGCAAAGCUCUGGGGAGCCCCCACCCCCCUACGAGUUCACCUACUCCCUGGAGGAUGUGGUGAAGCAGCUGGAGGACCGGCUGCAGGAGAAGAGUGGGGAGCUGUGGCAGUUGAAGAGGAGCCUUAGCGAGACUGAAGACCCCUUCACGCAGGUUUUCGAGGACAAACAGCAUCUGUGGAUGGAUGCACUGGACGAGCUGAAGCAGAUGUAUGUCGCCAAGCUGCAGCAGGUGACCCAGCAGGCCCAGCGCAGCCAGCGGGCACUGCAGCUGCAGCUCUACAAAGCGCAGCAGGAGAAGAAGCGGCUGCAGGAGGAGCUGAGCCUGCACCAGGGCCAGUGCGAGGAGCUGAGGCAGUGGCAGCAGCAGUGUGAACGUGUCAGCCCCAAACUAGAAGAGACCAGGUGGGAGGUUUGUCAGAAGGCAGCUGAGAUCUCACUGCUCAAGCAGCAGCUUCGAGACUCCCAGGAGGAGAUGGCCCAGAAAGUCAGUGAGAUCUUCAGCUUGAAGACCCAGCUGCGGGAGGCCCGGGCAGAGGUGCAAGCCAAGGACUCUCAGCUGGCCCAGCUAGGGGACUCCUUCCAGGCCCCACCAGAGCCCAGCUCCUCCCUCCCUUUGGGGGAUGCUCCCAUGCCAGUCUGCCAGGACUUCUCUGGCUGUGAAACUGACGACUCCAAGUGUUGGGGUCUUCACAGCGAGAGUGGUGAGCCCCCGGAGAGGCAGGUGGAGUGGCUGUGGGCAGAGCUGCUGCGUGAGCGGCGCCAGGGCCAGCUGAAGGCUGUGAACUUUGAGCUGGAGCGGAAAACCUGGCAGGAGGAGAAGGAGAAAGUGCUGCGCUACCAGAGGGAGAUCCAGGCAAGCUACAUGGAGAUGUACCACCGCAGCCAGGCUUUGGAAAGGGAGCUGCGGCAGCUGCGGGCUGAGUCCAGAGAUGCUGACGCAGACUCACCCUGGAUCGAGAGAGUCGAGUCUUCAAAAAUCUGA